UGCUCAGCGAGCAUCGGCCACCGCUCCAGCGCCACCGCCAGGCAGCAUUCGCCAACCAAGCCGCCCCUACCGCUAGCGAGCGCCGGCUCCUGUCUGCCACCCACCGCUGGCGAUGCCCGAAGUCCUUGCUAUCCGAGCCUGGCCGCUUCUGCUAUCGCUGGCCGUUCAGCUCGGCGCGACGGUCGGCGCUCCCCAACCCUGGCGCUGUGCGCCCUGCUCCGCCGAGAGGCUGGCGCUCUGCCCGCCCGUGCCCGCCUCGUGCCCGGAACUCACCCGGUCCGCGGGCUGCGGCUGCUGCCCGAUGUGCGCCCUGCCUCUCGGAGCCGCAUGCGGCGUGGCCACUGCUCGCUGCGCUCGCGGGCUCAGCUGCCGCGCCCUCCCAGGGGAGCCGAGGCCCUUGCACGCCCUCACCCGCGGCCAGGGUGCCUGCAUGACCACGCCCAGCGAUGAGGCCACAGAUACAAAGGACACCACCAACCCAGAGAAUGUGUCCCCGGAGAGCUCAGAGAUAACUCAGGAGCAGCUUCUGGACAAUUUCCACUUGAUGGCCGAGUCCGGUGAGGACCUUCCCAUCCUCUGGAAUGCCAUCAGUAAUUAUGAGAGCUUGAGGGCUCUUGAGAUCAGUGACGUCAAGAAGUGGAAGGAGCCCUGCCAGCGAGAACUCUACAAAGUGCUGGACAGAUUAGCCAGGGAGCAGCAGAAGGCAGGAGACAAACUUUACAAAUUUUAUCUGCCAAACUGCAACAAGAAUGGAUUCUAUCACAGCAAACAGUGUGAGACGUCGCUGGAGGGAGAGCCUGGGCUCUGUUGGUGUGUCUACCCUUGGAGUGGGAAGAGGAUCUUGGGGUCUGUGGCCAUCAGAGGGGACCCCAAAUGCCAACAGUAUUUUAACUUACAGAACUGAAAACAGAUGCAAUAUGAUCGAAUUCCUGCACAUGAAAUAUUUAAGAACAUAGUAUAUUUAUACUCUGAAAUACACACACACUUUUAUAUAGAGAGAUGUAUAUAUAUGUAGGAAUUACUUUUUUAUACUCCACAUAUUACUUGUAGUUUAUUUAUUCACCAUAAAUUUAUUUUUUCUACACAGUAACUUGUGUUAUAUUAAUUUAUGUAUCAUGAAACCCUUCCCAUCAUGUUGUAUAUAAAUACUUGUAUUUUAGCUCUUCAGGGGUUUGUGCUUCUGUCUUAAAGAGCAUAGGAUAAUACUGCCUAGCAAGUAGCAAUGAUUUUUUUCAGGUGGUUCAAUGGAGGAUGUUUAAGCUGCCUGUAAGAAUGAUUUACUCUAUUUACCGUGUCUAGUGUAAAUUGGCAGGGAAACUUAAAUGUUGAUUAUUUAGUCAAAGCUACAUGUGAUGAUGUCAUUAAUGUUAAAAUAUGCAUUGGAUAUAUUGUCAAACAUGGGAACACAGUGUAAACAUUGGAAUAAAUGUCCCACCCUGGAACAUUG